AUGCGAAUACAAUGCAGAUCUGUAUAUAGAAAGAGACUGGAGGCCGUGGUAGAGAUCAAAUCCUCAGCUGAUAAAGUGUACAGUCUCAUAAGCAGAGAGCACCACAAUGUUCCCAAAGCCUCCUCUGAUAAUAUACACGACGUUGCAGUACAUGAAGGUGACUGGGAAACUUCUGGCUCCAUCAAGCUCUGGAAAUACACCAUAGAUGGAACUGUUGAGUCAUUUAAAGAGAAGGUGGAGAUAGAUGAUGCAAACAAGAAGGUGAGUCUCACAGCAUUGGAUGGACAUGUCCUCGAGAAGUACAAAAGCUACAAGAUCAUCUUUCAGGUCAUUCCAAAGAGUAACCAAGGAGCUAAUGUGGCCAAAAUUACUCUGGAAUAUGAGAAGCAUAAUGAGAGUGACCAGCUUCCCAAUAACUACUUCAACGUUGUGGUAAAUAUCAUCAAGGAUAUUGAUGCACAUCUUAUCGCUUCUUGAUUGGACUUCAUGUGGAACUCCAGAUGAUCGAUCAUGAGUAAACAUAAGAAUAAAGGCUCGUGAUCAGCUAGUAGGUACCCCUGUUUAAUUUGUUUGCCGUAUCCUGAGCUGCUUCUUUAACUAAUAAGCAAGAAUGAAUUUGAAUGUAAUUUCAUGAUCAAACAUAAAUAAGAAAAUGUUAAUUAUGGUUCAAAUG